CUCAGUGACGACGAUUGUCAUAGUGACGGCAAAUCGAAGGCCAACCGUCGCCGCGGGCUUGCUGUCAUCUUCUUUUUCUCCGGCGCACGCGCGCGCGUGAGCUCGUAUUUUUGAGGGCGUGGAGAAAGGGGAGGGGAAAUGUGAUGGCGACCGAGGGGCAGGCAGAGGUUGAGGCUGAAGUGGAGUGGGUGGUAGAUAGCAUUGCCGGCUUUCUCCGCAGCCCCGCUUGGUCUAUUCCUAUUCUGGAGUUCGUGGAGCACAAGUGCGAAGUUUUUGAUGAUGAGGAAGAAAGCAAGUUAUCCUACACUGAAAUUCAUCAGGAAUAUAAAGCUUUGGUUGAAAAGUUGUUAGACAGUUAUCUUAAAGAAGUUGGAAUUAAUGAAGACAAAUUCCAAGAAGCUUGUAUGUCUCCUCUUGCUAAAACUCGAACCUCCCAGGCCAUUUUGCAGCCAGUACUGGCAGCAGAAGAUUUCAGAUUGUUUAAAGAAAUGAUGGUCCAGAAGAACAUUGAAAUGCAGUUGCAGGCUAUUAGAAUAAUUCAAGAAAGAAAUGGUGUGCUGCCUGACUGUUUGACUGAUGGGUCUGAUGCAUAUACUGAAACUGAAGAAGAAGAAAUGAAAAUACUAAGAGAGGUUCUUAGGAAAUCUAAGGAAGAAUAUGAUCUAGAGCAAGAAAGGAAAAGAACUAAUGAGGCACAUGAUAAAUUGAAAUUAUCUGAUGUUGCACACAAAUCUCCAGGACAUCUCAAUGAAAGUGCAGGAGCUAAAGAGUCUUUUGAGUACUCUACAAAAUUAUUGUCAGGUCCAGAAGCAAAACAGAAAGAUAUAUCUAUUCGGGAACGUUCCUCUGUCAAACUGAAGGAAGAUAUUCGCAAGAAAGCAAUUGGGGAUGGCUCUGAAUAUGUAACAAAGCAAGGAGGGCUAGAAGGACGUAAGUUAUCAGAACUUGGAGCACAAGAGCUGAGAGAGCGUGAAGAUUAUCUAAAGCAGAAACGAGAUGCAUUGAUGGCUUUGAAGAAAGAAUCAAAAACGAAUAUUCCACCACAAAAUAUAGAACAGAAAGAAGAGCUGUCACCUUCUAAAGAGGGAAUGACAGAAGAAGAGGAACAAAGAUUGUUAAAGAAGCGAAUCCUUGCAGCGAAACUAAAAGAAGAAGUUAUUAAUAAGCGAUAGUUUAGAGAAGCUGCUUCUAAGGUUAUAUAUUUAACCAUGAAUUGUUUGCUUACAACCAUCCUAUACAUUAACUUGAUUUUAUAUAUUAUAAAAACAGUAAUUCUUUUAAGUUGGUUCAAAAUUACAGUGGAAAGUAAUGAUUUAAUUUUAACAUUUUUAAUAGGUUCCACUAUUUAGUUUCUUGCAAUUUCUGGUACGUGCUGGUCAGGCUGAUCACUGUUGUACUUUUGUUGGAUUUAAUACUAAUUUUUGAAUGUUUCUGUCAGACACUUUUGUUACAUUAAAUUGGCUAAACUUAAUUUUCAUCUUAAGAUGGCUUCAUCAACUUAAAAAGGAGAUGUGAAAAAUAUCUCCAUACGUGGGUAACAUCAGUUCACACACUAGCUGAAAACUGAGCAGAUCUUACUCAUGUGCUCUGCUAUGUCUGUUAUUACAAGAAGAUGCAAAUGGUUUUAGUAUCUGAUAGGAUUACCUGCUGUUUAUAAAAACGGUACUCAUUGUAUCUCUUUAAAUUGCAUAAGAAUGAAUUACAUUUGUUGAAUUCAAAUCCCAUUGACUUAAGAUCAACUAAUUUAUUUAUAGUCUAGAUUUAAACUGCGUCAUUGUGUGAAUCAGCCCCAGUAUGCAUUGUACAAAUGACAAAUGAUUAAUCAGGCUGUUAACAUUUCCAAACCUUUUAAGUGAGUCUAUGCUAUUACUAAAUUUUAUAGAUAUAUCAUUCAACUUCAUUGUAACCAUAAUUAUGCCAAGCAGCUUUCCAGUAUUGCUUAUAUUUCAUUAUUCAGAGUAAUUUAAAAAUAAUACUUUGGUGGUAAGACAACUUUUCAUUCUCAUAACACAGUAUGAACACAGGUCAUCCACAUUUCAUAUAACUUUUUAUUAAAAUAGUAUUUAACUGAGACAUGUUGGCAGAUGUAAUCUUUAAAAAACUCAGUUGAAGGGCCCCAGGCAUUUGAAAUGUGGGCUGUCUUGUGGCAAAAAGAAACCAGAAUAUAAACUCAAACUGAGGUGGAAGUAUGUACCUGAGGCAAACUGUGUAAUUUAAAAGGGGUUCAAUGCAUUUUUCACAGCAUUGCAGAGUGUUCAGAUAUUGGCUGAAAUGUCACCUAUUGUUUACAAUGAACUUAAAAAAAAUCAACUUUUUGUCAUAUAUAGAAGUUUAAAUGAAUCUGCACAUUCUAAAGUUUUUAGUAGUCUUUAAAUUGGAUGAAAGAAAAUGACCCAGAUGUGUACUGGAUCUUUUUUUUCCAGUGACUUAUUAAACAGUUUCAAUCCAAGCCAGAUGAACAUCACUCUGAAGGAAAUGGCACACCUUAUUUUCCUGUGGUUCGCUAUUGGGCUUUAUGGGAAAUAGUUACUUCUGUGAGGAGUAAAGACUUGCCAAGAGUACACAAAGAAGGGCAAGUCAACAAAGAAAAUCUGAUGAAGCAAAUUGUUUCUGCAACAACUUCUCUUCAAAGUCUUCACUGAAAAAGGGAGAAGGAAAGCCCCAUUGUUGGUUGCCUGGAGCCCCUAAAGGGCAGAAAUAUGUCCUUCAGACCACAUUGUCAGUCAUCACAUCACACUGAAUCAAAUCUAAGAGUACUGCUUUUUCUGCUAGAUUUGAUUCAGAU